UUACUUAUGGUAUAGUGUGGUAAUAUCAAUAUAUACUCUCAAAAAAGGAGAAGCAGAAGGAGGAAGAGAAAAAAAAACUCGCCUUCUGUCUCCUCUCAUUUACUCAUCCGCAAUCAAGAACACCAAAUGCAAAAGAAAGAAAAAGAGGAAGAAAAUCAGAAUUAACUCACAAGCAAAUACUAAAACACAAAAGAUGCAAACUCAACUCACCUAGAUCUGUCCACUCUUUGACAAUAUGGAGCGUCAUCGAUUUUGAGGCUGAGAAAAGAAAAAAACAGAAGGAAGGAGUAGCUUGAGAGAAGAAGGAUUUGGAGCAUCACCGGGUUUGAGGUGGGAUGCUGCAAUUUCUUCAUCGAUUGUUGGAGAGAAAAAUGAAGAACAAGAGAAGAAAAGAGAUUUAGAUCUGGAAAAAGGAGUUUGGAAGAGAGUAAGGAAGAGAGAAGUAUGCUUUUCUCUUUUCUCCAUUAAAAGACAAAUGCUGGGAAGAAUAAAAAAAUGAAAGAAAUCAAAUUUAAAAAAUCGGACAAAAAUGCCCAUCCUCACUCCUCGUGCAGCCCAACCAUAUGAUAAUUCCAUCCCUAGAUCUACGGUCCGGAUUUAAUUACCGACAGGUCAGUAACCAUUGGUUACUGACUCUAUCCUAGGCCAGUUACAGGGAUAACCAUCUUCCCCGUAGUAUUAACGUUAUAAGAUAGUGGCCGGUGCUUUGUACCCGUUUUCGAUAAUAAAAGUAUUUAAUUAUUAUUUUAUUUUCAGAAACCGUCAUGGUUUGCUUUUGGAGAAAAAAAAAAUGAAUUAAUAUAAUUAUGGUCUAUAUUCUUGUCCACACACGCACUUCUCGAAAAAAUCUAAUGGAUCUACUGUUCCAACUACUCAUUGAUUAUGGAGAUUUAACGUUCAGUAGUCUAUAUCUCUUUUAUUGUAUAUAUAUAUGAUAGGAAGAAUAUAUAUAUAUAUGGGACACUAAUGAACAGUGCAGUUUGGACAUGUCUUAUGAUAGGAAGAAUAUAUAUAUAUGGUCCCAUAUUGCUCGAUUUUUCAUAUGAUAUAAUGUGUCGGGCUAGUUGAUCAAUAAUUGUAUGAGAAGAAAUCUACAUCCCAAAUCUAGGACCCCCCUAAUUACAUGCAAUACAUUUCACGUGUGGUUGUACGUCCAUUUCCACGUACGUGGACCAACAAUACAUGCACUUCUUUCCCCACUUGUGUUCUAUUAUAGCAGUAUGCCUAUACGUAGAGCAUAAGGAUAAUAUUUCAUAUAUUUGCCAGCCGAUCGACACUUUCUUUCUGUCUCAAGAUAUAAUAUAAAUAACCUGCUAGAUCUAGCUUAGCGCUUAGUACGUUAAAGCUACAAGUUCAGUUUUAUCGAUCAAAAUGUCGUCCUCCCGUGUGGUGCUGGACUCCAACAACCUGUUCCUCCUCCCGUACAACGACGGCACCGUCCUGGUGGUCGAACCGGACCAGAAGGACCUCAACAGCCAGACCAUAACAACCGACAUGGUCUCGUGGAAGCAAGCGGGUCGGGUCGGGAGCAAACCCGUGUGCACCCACCGCGAGCUGGAAGUGUUCGGCGUCGUGAUCACCGGCGCCAAGCUGGUGGAGCUGUCCAACGAGCUCGUCAGGCUCCAGGCCCUGAUCAACAGGGAAGGGUUCACGGUCAUGUACUUCAACGUCGGCGCCAAGGACAUGUACUUGAAGCCGGGGAGUUUGGUGCGGCGGCUCAACGACCUGUUCGACUGGUCAAAGUACGGCGUCGUGGUGCCGACUCCGGUCGGGACGGAGUGGGACAGGUUCCAGCAGGUGGCCGGCGGGAAGCUGAUGGUGUCUGGGAAGGGAGUGGCGAAGUUGAAGGCCGGAGUGGAGGAGGUGGAGAAGGCGUUGGUGGUGGUGAAGCAGAUGGUCGCCAAGCUCAAGCUUGCUCUCCAGGCCUUCAUCUGAAAACUGCCCGCCGGCCGGCCGCCGUGUUUUCCUGAUUCCCACGUACACUUGCUUGGUGUAUUUCUGAUUCUAUCGUGUAUCUUGUAUUUUUGUCUCUACUAUAAUUAAUUAAUCGACAUUUUUCAUGUGGAUUGAUUAAAAUUAUUAAUGAAUAAAAAGUAUUUUUUUUUCUCGUAUACAUAAUACAUGUAUAGACAAUCGUGGGAAUCUAACUCGAUCUACUAGCUAUUAUCAUAUUGAAAUUCGUAUUAAAAAAAAUGUACUUGUUUUUACAAAAAAAAUAAAUCUUGUACACGAAUGUUGGUUUGAUUGGCUCGUGUUUUGUAUCUUCUCAAACUAAUGGUUAGCAAACCGUUAAUAAUGCUAUAUAAUUCAUUGUAAGAGGCCCUUGAUAAGCUAGUUAUGAACAUAAAGUGAAAAUGUGAAUUGCUAAAAAAGAUGUAAAUUGAUGAUAAUGUUAUUUGAACUUUUGAUGAGGAUGUGGGCAUGUGGCAUAGUUGUAAUAAUUUCUUUAUAUUUAUUCAUUGAUGAAGAAAAUGUAGAUCACUAACAAUUUAUCCGAAAUCGUUAAUGAUGAUGUUGUUCGUGAACGUCUCUUAAAAACUCGGAGAGAUUUUCUUACGUAAAGUAUUUUAUCAGUAAUAUAUAAAUGUUGAUAAUACCAUUACAAAAGGUUAAUAAAGUUAGUGCAAGACA